GUGUUGGUUGAUAAGCACGCAUGCUCAGUGCAGCGGUAGGUGACUUUUGCAUGUGAGAAACCGGCGGGGCAGGACAUUGCCAUUGAAGGACACUGAAGUGGUUUUGCUCGUAUAGCUUUGCGGCGUUCUUCACUUUGUGUCAGUUGGUGAAGCAAUAGGAACAGUGACCAUGACCGUCCCAGUUGUGAAGUGCAAUGGUACGAGUUUCGUGUCGUGUUGCGUGACAGAGUGCGUGCAUGACUGGGGGUUGGUGUGUGGUGUCGAAGAAGCUGAGAGAUGCCACUGCCCGUUGCGAUGAUGCUGGAACGGCAAUGUGAUUACAAACAGGUGUCUUAGAGUGGACUGCGUGAACAAGUGGACCUUAUUCUGACCUAAUCAACGUCGCUAUGAAACCUGAACCGGAUUCGCCCGAAUCAUCUCCACCUUCAGAGUCCCGAGUGAAGCUGGCGUUCCAACCAACGGCCGGGUCCGGCUGCAGCCCGUUCUCGGCGGCGGGGUGUCAGACGACCAGUGCUGCCAACAUGGCCGCGGCUGCCUACCACCUCAAGUCUCCGACGGCGGCCUACCCUGCGGUCAACGGUCUCGGCCUGGCGUCGUCGACGGUCGACCUCCUCCACCCCGGAUAUCCCGAGUGGAAUAGGCGAUUUCCCAGAAUGCGUCCCGAUGCUGCGACGGAGUAUCACCUCCGCAACCACCUCGAUAGAUUCAGCGGGGACGCCGCCGGAAUAUCGAAUGAAGUCAUUGGCUAUUCUUUGUGCAAGUUCAAAGAGAGCGUCCCGAAAAACGGCACCAGUGGACACCCGCCAAUCCGCCUGGAGAAGUACAGGGACGACUGGGACUCUCAAAUGAUAGAAGAGGUCUGGUACGGAUCCCCGAGCUGUGCAUCGUCGGGUCCUGCGCCCAGGAAACAGCGGCGGGAGAGGACCACCUUCACCAGGGCGCAGCUGGACGUUCUCGAGGCGCUCUUCUCUAAGACCCGCUACCCGGACAUAUUUAUGCGGGAGGAGGUCGCGCUCAAGAUCAACCUUCCAGAGUCACGGGUCCAGGUAUGGUUCAAGAACCGACGUGCCAAGUGUCGGCAGCAACAGCAGCAACAACAAAACGGCGGCACCUCAAGUAAGACGGCGCGUCCCAAGAAAGCCAAGAGCCCAGUCAGUCCACCAUCGAGUCGUGGCGAAUCUCCUUACAAACCCCCGUCGGCUUCGGCAACCGCGUCGUCUAAUCUGCCUUCGUCCCCGAGUCAACCCCCUCCUGGAGCGUCCAUCUGGAGCCCGGCGUCCAUCACCCCACCAGACCUCAUGAGUGCUGGAUCGUGCAUGCAGCGGUCUGCCGCGUACCACGCGCAAGUAGCUCAGGGCUCCACGGGGUAUCCUCAGGGCUAUGGCCCUUCUUCCUACUACCCAAACAUGGACUAUCUUCCUCCACCACCUCACCACGCAUCACUCAACCAGAUGGGAGCACCUCCACCACCGCCUACUUCUGUGGGUGCAUCACGAACGCCUCCUGCAGGCCCAGACUGUCUCGAGUACGGUGAUAAAACGCCACCUGCCUGGAAGUUCCAAGUCCUUUGAGGCUUCCAGUACCGCACAAACUGUGUUUUUUCUUUUUUUUCGUAUGCAAGUGCGGCACUGGGGUUCCUAUUUAUUGGGCUGUGAUAUCGACAAUCCGCCCUGGCGGCAGCAGACAUUGGGCGUGCUUUGCGCCUCUCCCCGUGUACAUAAAACGUUCGUCCCUCUUUGUAGAUGUCGUGCACCUCGGCAAGACAAACAAGAAAACGGAGUAUGGGUUGGUGUCCGGCAGGUCAACGUCGCCUGGCACGUCACAUCAUGAAACUGUGUAUGCCACACAAGACUGGUGCAGCUUGGACUUUCGCAAAGUGAUGUCUUUUAGAUUUGUGUGAAACCUCGUCACCAUCUUAAGUUGAACUGGAAGGAUCACUAUAGGACCCUGCUGAGCGUGCGAUCUUGGACGCUAGAGAGACAUACUUAAAACGCCUAUAGCGGGGCAUUCUACCUAAGAGCAGCACUGCAGCCAUAAGUCUUUGCUUCAUUGUUUAACAUCCGCAUAUCAAGAAGGGUACCAUUUCAUAUUAGGUUACAUUAUAAAGGAGACUUCUAGAGAAAAAAAAAAGUACUAAAUGAGCCCCUAAAGCACACAGGGUGCUGUUCUUCUGUUGAAUGCAACUGUAGAAAGUUUCAUGCAAGACCAGUAUCAAAUUGUAAACUAUAUCUGUAGGCGGGUUGCCAUAACAGUUAGGAGAGUUGCAGAAAGGUUAUCUUGUGGACACGACUACAGCCAUCUGUUAUUCAUCAGCCGGUAAUCGAUCACUGCAGUUUCUUGCCAAUAUAUUUCUCUCCAGUCUGGCCUGCGACUCUGAUCAUCUCGGCAAGGGCGAUUGUCAAUCAUUGUCACUGUCCUCCCUCAGUCAACUAAGAUGAAAACAUAUUGUAUUAAAAAGCAUUGAAAUGCUA